AAAAAUAUAAAGUGCACUUAAUAGUAUACAUUGAUGCGAUUUAUGUUUCAAAUACAUCAUGAUGAGCAUGCAUCUACAAUAAAGCAGUCUAUACAUUUCAGUCAGCACAAACAGCGCUUGUGCAUAUUGUAAAGAAUAACUUGGUAACAAAAUCCACACAGAGAACAUAUUGUUUAAAGAGUGCGUAUCCUUACAGAUAUCCCACAAAGGUCCCCGUAUCACUCGCUUUUGCUCGAGCGGAGUCUUCAACUUCACUUGUUUUGUAUUCCUCUAAAUCCAGCGGACGGCUCUUAUUGGUAGGUGCGAGCGUUACAUCACAAUGAUUAUGACGCGCCGUCUUCCUGCUUCCUUCAGCCGCGUCUUAAAGUGAAUCUUGUUGGUGCGAGCGCGCGCUCUCAGCCUCCUCCUGGCCGCGUGCGCUGAGACAAACAGUUUUCAUGCAGAGAGAGGAGCGGCGCGCAAGAGCUCUUUCUCUAUCUCACUCUCUUCGCUCUCGCUUGUCCCGAGAAAUUACAAUAUUCAUCACGGGGCGAACAACCCUCUGUAUUCUCUGUUACACUAUCGCGAAGAAGCUCAAUUCGCUCUCAUCUUCAGAGUUCCCAGGGUUCUCGAGCUGUGCCCAGCUGACAGGCUUUCAAAGAUGGCACAAUAACAGUACCAGUGAUGCCUGACCAUGACAGCACAUCACUCUUAAGCAGACAAACCAAGAGAAGAAGAGUUGACAUAGGAGUGAAGAGGACUGUUGGGCAAGCAUCUGUGGUUUUCACCCAAGGAAAAGCAACCUUUCUUAGUGCCAUGAAUCCCCACGGUUCCGAGCAGGAUAUUGAGUGUUCUGUGGUGCAGCACACAGACGGCGAGAAGUCCAACGUGCUUCGCAAGCUGUUGAAGAGGGCGAACUCUUAUGAAGAUGCUAUGAUGCCCUUUCCGGGGGCAACCAUCAUAUCCCAGCUUCUGAAAAACAAUUUGACCAAAAAUGGAGGCAGUGAGACUAAUUUCCAGGGAAGUGGCCUCUCGAGCACCGGUUCAGAGAUCCAGCAAGAGGAUGCUUGCAGCAAUUCCUCACGGGGCAGCCCUCAGGAGUGCCUUUCACCAUUCAACAGGCCCUCCAUGACCCAAUUUGAUAUGGAGAGGCUAACAGAUGAGCAUCUUAGGGCCAAAAGAGCCCGAGUGGAGAACAUCAUCCGUGGGAUGAGCCAUUCUCCCAGCGUCACGCUCCGUGCAGGUGAUAAUGAGCGCGAGGGGGCAGCCCAACCCCCGAGUCCUCGUGAGAACUACCGGGAAAACAAGCGCAAGCAGAAACUGCCACAGCAGCAGCAACAGAGUUUUCAGCAACUCGUCUCUGCGCGCAAAGAGCUGAAACAUGAAGAACGCCGGCAACUGAAACUACAGCUGGAGGACAUGCAGAAGCAGCUCCGGCAACUGCAAGAGAAGUUCUACCAGAUUUACGACAGCACUGAUUCUGAGAAUGAUGAAGAUGGAAACAUCUCUGAAGACAGCAUGCGUUCUGACAGAAUGGACAAUCGUGCCCGUGACUCUGUCCCAGAUCGCUCCGACAACGAGAUGUCUGAUCCGGGGCACUUCUUGGAUCGAGCAUGCGCACUUAUUCGGGAGCAGAACAUGGUGAGAGAGGGGGACAAACCCAAGCGUGAUGGGUCACGAGGAAAGAACCAGAGACCAACCUCCAUGCAUGCAGAGGGCAAACAGCUAGCAGAGACGCUAAAACAAGAGCUCAAUACAGCAAUGUCCCAGGUAGUGGACACCGUGGUGAAGGUCUUUGCUAAGCCUCCACGCCCAGUUCCUCAGGUUUUCCCACCCCUGCAGAUACCUCCUGAUCGUUUCGCAGUCAAUGGAGAAAACCCAAACUUCCAUACUGCCAACCAGCGCUUGCAAUGUUUCGGAGAUGUCAUCAUUCCUAAUCCCCUGGACACUUUCGCUAACAUGCAUGUGCCCAACUCGAAUGACCAAACGGAGGCCCUACCUUUGGUAGUGAGAAAGAACUCCUCAGAUCAGACUGGGUCUCUUCCCACACCUGGGGGUCACCACCAUCCCUCCCUCCACCCCUCACACUUAUCUUCCACAAUGGGCUUUAGUCCUCCCUCUUUCCGCCAUCCUUUCCCCCUUCCUCUAAUGGGCUACCCUUUCCAAAGCCCCUUAGGUGCCCCAACAGGGCCUUACCCAGGAAAGGAUAGGUCUUCUCCCGAGUCUCUGGAUCUGUCCAGAGAGACCACCAGCCUACGGACCAAGAUGUCGUCCAACCACCUCAGCCACCAUCGUUCCAUCUCACCAACACACCCAGGGAAUGAAGGUUUGUCCUUGUCCCUCAUCAAGUCAGAGUGCGGAGACCUUCAGGACAUGUCUGACAUCUCUCCAUAUUCAGGAAGUACAAUCCAAGAGGGGCUUUCUCCGAACCAUCUGAAGAAGGCCAAGCUGAUGUUCUUCUACGCACGCUACCCCAGCUCCAACAUGCUGAAAAUGUUCUUCUCAGACGUGAAGUUCAACCGCUGCAUCACAUCUCAGCUGAUCAAGUGGUUCAGUAACUUCCGUGAGUUCUACUACAUCCAGAUGGAGAAAUUUGCUCGGCAGUCCAUCAACGAUGGCGUAACAGGGGCAGACGAGCUGAACGUGAGCCGGGACUGCGAGCUUUUCCGCGCUCUUAACAUGCACUACAACAAGGCCAACGAUUUUGAGGUUCCGGAGCGAUUCCUGGAAGUGGCACAGAUCACGUUACGGGAGUUUUUCAAUGCCAUUGUGGCAGGCAAAGAUGUUGAUCCUUCCUGGAAGAAGGCCAUAUACAAGGUCAUCUGCAAGCUGGACAGUGAGGUCCCAGAGAUUUUUAAAUCUCCCAAUUGUCUGCAGGAGCUUCUGCAUGAGUAGUGAUUUUAAUUGCUUACAGAGUAUCAUCCCUUCUUUUCCUGAAUCUUUACAAAGUAAGAGGUAGCAUUCCUGUUUUUAAGUCCCGGCUACUUUUGAAUGACUUAGCUGUUUUUUUUUUUGUGUGCUUCUUUUUGGGAAAGUCUAUAAAAUUCUUGAUUGUUUUGAUUGUAUUCAAUCCUUACCCCCUUUUUCCUUGCCUUUAAAACGGGCAUUACUAUGUUUACCACGCAAUGGUUAACAAAUGGAACUGACACCCUUAUUUUCUCUCUUUUAUUGGUCAUUUUUGUUGAGGGCUUUGUUUUAUCCCCGGAUGUUUGCAAUGUGUGAUGGUUUUACUAUUGCUGAAUAAGACUUGCAUUUGUAGCUUGUAUAGAUGUAAUUAUUAUUUAUGAUUAAUAUAAUUAUUACCAUUAAUGUUAUUAAUGCUUGCUGCAAAAAAGGAAGAAAGGAAAAGAAAGACAAAAAAUUGACAUGUGGUAUUCUUGUUUCUCAUGGCAAUGCUACAGAAAAUAAAUUAUUCUUUGGACAAAAAAUAAUACAAAUAAAGAGGGGUAUACAUUUUCUAUGUGGGAAAUUCAUAUAUAUAUAAUAUAAUAUAUAUAUUUGAUGUUAUUCUUAAAAGAAACAGUAUUAACUGUUUUUUGGUUUAGCCAUUCUUCUAUGUUGGCUAGGGUCCAAUGUUCUUGUGUUUUGUGUCCACAUUGAUAGCACUGGCUCUAGGGAGGGAGGCCUACUCGUAGGUUUUUUUUUUUUCCUUCACGGAGCAGCCUCUCUUGUAACUAAGCAACAUGGCCAUUUUAUCCUGGGGCAAGCCAGUUCGGCACAAAAAAAAUGGACGCCUUCCCACUGAGAAACCAUUCUUGCUCAUAAAAAGCACACUGUCACAACUGCUCACAUAAACACACACACACCUCUCUCAUGCAUACACGCUAAUUCACAAACACAAACACAUGCCGUACAAUGUCAAGACAAGAGAAUUGUUGCUGUUGAUUUUCUCCACCUGCUAGCUGGGAGCACCUCUAUAAUUGGACCGUAAAUUUGCUAGAUUCUCAAGUUUGGUUUACACAGUAGAUUUUGGCUGAGAAUAAUUAUUUGAACAUUAGCAAAAGAAAAUCUUUUUUUUUCUUCUUUCUACGUACAGGAUUGCACAUAGUUUAUUUGUUAGAAAUGUACAGAUUUGCUUAAUAUUCACAAUCAUCUGAUUAUGCUAUGGCAGUGUACAGUUUAUCAGUAGUGAGACUUCAUCUUAGCCAGAGACUUUGUUUGAGUUCAAUUGUACAUUUUUAUGAAUCAUUUGAAGUUCUUUGAUUGAAUUUUAGAAGCUAAGCCUACUAAGAGAUCCACGCAAAUGUAACCAAUUACAAUGAUUAGCCUACCCUAGAGAAGAAAAAGCACAGUUUCUUAUCAAAACAGUGUCCACAAAAGAAAAUAGGGCCUUCAGACUCUUUGUGCAUCCCUUCCUAGUUCAUAAAUAAGAGUCGUCAAUAGAGGGCAAGGGCUGGACAUGUGAUCUGCUCUGGAAGCCUGUGCCGUUUGCAUUGGGCAAAUCCAGCUGAUGAAUUGAAACGCAGGCCGGCAAUUAUUGUCAGCACAAUGCCUUAAAAAACCUGCUGACUUCUAGAUUAAUGGGCACAAAAGAGCAUGAGGUGCUGUCAUUCUGUCGCCAGGGCUGGCAUCAUCCACAGCCCCCGGACAACGCACAAAACACCAAGCUAUUCACUAUGCAUUGUAAAGAGAAGGAAAAACAAACCCAGAACAAAGUUAGGAGUUAAAAAGGGAGAUGCUUGGCCCUGUUCUUUUCUCAGGUCUCUUGCAAGGCUGUGCUGACAUGCGUUCUCCUUUACAUGCAUUGUGAUAAAUAAAGAUUUUCAAAUUGUAAGAAAUUCUGUUAUCAAUAUUGAUAUAUUUAAAAGUGAUGCUUUGUGUCAUUGUGAAGGUGAAGGUUGUGUCAUUGAAAAAUUUCAAUUUGCGCAAAAAGCGGUGCUUAGUCGAAUUCAGCUGUUCAUAUUCAGCUAAACAGGCAUUGUGUAUUUUACACAUUUAAUGAAUCUGAUAAUUGCCUGUGCCUAAUGUUAAUUACACCAGCAAAUUAUUUUUCUUUUUUUUUAUAUAUUUAUAUAACAUAAAAUGUAACAGAAAUAAUAUGAUUUGACUUCUAAAUCCUGAAAGUGAUCUAAAAAUAUAGAACAAAAUAGCACAAAUUGAAAUGGAGGGUUAUAUUUUCCUUGUUUUGAAACAAAAUGCCCUCAUUAAAAGGUUCUGCAAAGUCCAAGAAAACUAAUUUUUACAGCCCAUUUGAAGAACAAGUAUGGCGCUUUGUUCCACAUGAAUCUGAUGUACUUUAAGCCAUUUAACGUAGCACAGAGGCAAUACAUGUGCAUAAGUGUGUGUGCGUGCUUACCUGUGCAUGUGCGUGUUUGCAGGGAGUGUGUGAAAUACACGCAUGUUAGUACAUUAGUUUUAGUUCCCAUAAGGACUUCUGUUUAUUUUCUUUUAUCUAUUGUUUCUCUUUUUGAACUUUUAUUUGUAUUUAUCACUGUAUCUUUAAGACAAACCAGAGGGAGGUUAUGUUCAACAUCGCAAUUUUUUUUCUUGCUACAGUACUUUUAGAAAUGUUAUGAUGUUUUAAAUGUUUCGAGUGGCUCUCAGUUGACUGUUUUCUCCCCUUCAUCUCACCACCUCUUCAGGUUUGCCCGUCAAAGGUGUUCUCGAUUGCUCUGCAUUAAUUUGGUAUUGAUAUGAGAUGGAUCUGUUUGCGUGGUUACACAGGGUCAUUUGUUGCUUUGUGAAAAUCCUAAAUGUAGCCGUGUACAUUUCGCACUCCAUUAAGGACACUCUAUAGAAAAACAAAACAAAAACAAAAACAAAAAAAACUCUGAAUAACCUUGAUUCAAAGUUUGGAUAUGAUGUACACAUUCAUCUCACUUGUGAUACACUAUUGUGCAUUUACAUUUGACAUAAGAAUUUUUUUAUUUGUUUUCAUGCAAUGGGGGGAAAUAAACUCAUGUAGUGAUCUGUACAAAUCAAUUGCCAAACUCAGUUUGGGACUGUUUUUUUAUUACAAAGAAAGAUGUUACAAAGAGAAAAGGAAGAAAGAAACUUUGUAUAUGAUUAUAUUUCUGGGAAGGGGAACAAUUAUUUGUACUGAAUGCAAUGUGUUGUACCAGACUCCUGACUCUUUGUAGAUUUGAUGCUGUAUUUAUGAGGUGUGUGCUCCCUGAAGGGUUUUAAACAUGAUUUCACAGGCUUUGACGUAUGUAAAUACAAACCGAAAAUGAGAAAACACUGCCUUUCUAUGAUUUAGCAAUAUGAUGUAAAUAGCAUUGUUAUGCUUUUUUUGUAUGAAAGAAUUCUUUGAUUCUAGUAUGGUAAUUCCAACUGAAACUGUUACAGUUUCCUUUGAUACGUUUGAAGGAUACACAUGCAUUGUUAACGGGAUAGCAUUGUGGAUUUUGUUGUCAAUUUGUCAUGCAGAAGUUUCAUAAUUUAUUGGUUUAAUUUAUCAUAAUUUAUUUGGUGAUGGUGUACAAUUUUUGAUAUUUCUGGGGAUGUAUUGUAAUAUUAUUUGGUAGAUAGAGACAAUAUAAACGCCCUCCUAAGCUCCUUAACUCUGUAGAGACAUAAACAGACACUUGUGUCCAGGUAGCCACUGUAAUUUCAGACACUGUAGUCAUAAGAUAGGCUUGAAAAAAAAAACAAAAGGAAAGAAAAAGAGAAAAAAUGUACAACAAAACUUCUAUCUUGUUUGGAAGGUGAAAAAUUGUGUGUUCUGAAGUUUUAUUUCUAAACACUUAAUCAGACUUUUACCUUUGCUUUUACCACCUACACAAUACAGUAGUCAAAGUGCCUCGUGUGCCUUCCAUCUCCUCGGAACUGAAUGUAUGUGCAGUAUAUAUGCAAGCUUGUGCAAAAUAAAAACUAAGUCCUAGAU